GUGUGUGUGUGUGUGUGUGUGUGUGUGUGUGCUUCUCCCGGCUGAGGAAGUAAAGGCACAUGACCGGCUGCGCGCGGCUCGGGUAGGGUAGGCGGGUGAUGUGAUGUCAGACUUUUUUCGCGUUGAGCAAAGUUCAGUAGCUCCCGAGGUGGAUUAGACAGCACGCUCAGCAACAUUGCAGCUGUAGAGAGACGGACGGCCGCGCGGAGCUUUGGAGACCGGAGCGUGUCCACACAGGCCCGUUAUGGAAUAGCUGCGGGAAGACUCCGGCGGACGCCAAAGGAAAUAGCGCCCACACGGCCAAACUGUCUGCUUCAGACCAUUUAAACACAGGGCCAUCAUGCAUCGUGUGAACAAGGAGACGGGGGAGCUGAGCGCCUCGGGGGAGGAGCAUCGCGGCCGCCCCGUGAGCAGCCGCCCCGUCAACAUCCACCCGCACGGACGCUCGCCCAACCGCACGCACACACACUCCGCCUCGCCCACACACACGCUCACGCCCUCCCUCGCACGCUUCCCCACGCCCUCACACACCCUGUCCAGCUCUCCGACAUCCUCACACUCGUUCGCCCGCUCACCCACGCCCACACAACACAUACUGGCACAACACUCGCCCACAGCAUUCGCAGGCUCGCCCACGCCGACAUCAUCUACGCUCUCGCGCUCGCCGACGCGCCCCCUCACGCGCUCGCCAUCCUCGCACACUUUUGGGCCGUCGCCGACACGCUCGCUGUCCAUCUCGCCCUCGCGCUCCAUGUCACACUCGCCGACUCGAACCCUGGGCCCGCUGGUGCAGAUGGUGCGGGAGGGCGUGGCCAAACUGGAGAGGAAGUCCAGCCUACCGGUGGAGGAAGGGGACGUGCUAUUCAUACACCUGCUGCCACGCUUCAUACAGGUGUCGGAGAGCAGUAACGGGGUGGAUGAUGUGGAUCUGAAGACUUUGGCUUCGCUGGUCUGUACCUCUCUGGUCACGAACAUACAGGACAGAAUUGACCAGAGACCUGCAGAUGAGGCUCGGCGUGAGCUCUCCCAGUUCUUCAGGAGGUCGGCAACAGAAGACGCUAUUGGAUGGCUCCUGCUGAAGGCCUUCUCACUCCUCUCAGCACGACAGACCGCGGUGAUGGCGGCUGUGAAGAGUGGCCUGCCGGGGGCGCUAGUGAGGUGCCUGUACGUGUUUGUGGCUACUGAGGAGCAGGAUGAGGACGAAGACAACGAUGAAGCAUUCAGACUACUGCUCAUACAGGUCAUGGUGCAGCAGUGUCGUCAGGUGUGUUUCGUGGAGGAGAUGCUGGAGACGCAGGAGCUGGUGUGCAUCUUGGUUGCCAUGACGUCGCUAUGGGACCAGUGUUCUCAGGCGUGGAGGCAGCAGGCAUCGCGAGUACUGAGGGCUGUAUCAGCCGCGCAGGCACGCAAUACCAUACCUGUCCUGCAGGGAAAGGACUGCAUGAGACUCUGCAUCCAGAACCUGCGCACGCUGUGUGGCCCGCCGCCCACCGCCCUCACACACUCCCCGCCACCACAGCCCAAAAACACACACACACACGCCACCGGUGCCGCCCCGACCCCAGAAUCCAAACACACACACACGCACACGCGCAGCACACCAACACCCAUACCAGACCCCAAACACACCCAUGCACACACCACCGCUGGUCCGAGAGCACCAGAACACGCACACACACACCCGCGCAUAAGCACGCAAGCACAGAGAAGCAGCCCAACAAAGGGCCUCACACGCACACACAGCAGGAGUAGUAGCCCGACAAAGGGCUUCACACACGCACACACACCGGGCCGCACACAAACACACAGCAGCAGCAGCCCGACAAAGGGCCUCACACACACACACUCACACUCACACUCACACUCCCCCGGCUGUGCGGCGGGACACGCACACCUCCAGGCGCGCAGCGGGCCAGUUCCGGCGAGCAUCGGGCCCGCACUGCUGCUGUCGGGCGUGGAACCGGCGGAGAGCCUGCUGGCGUGCGCGGCCCACUCGGAGUGUGUGACGGGCUGCGUGUCGGGGCUGGCGCCCUGCGUGUGUGUGCCGGGCCUGGUGCUGGCCGAGGUGGCCGUGUGCGUCUUCAGCUUCGUCAAGGACUCCUACCAGAUCAGCCCCGCCCUCUUCCAGGAGUUUGAGGACAACGACGGAUACACACUGCUGCAGGCCAUCCUGGAACGGUGUGAAGAGGAGGUGUGUAUUGACAGUUUCCAGCCUGUAGAGGAUCUGCUGGGCCUGGUCUCCUCCUUCACGCUGUUUGGACGAACGCAACUCAAGGUGGCGCUCUGCAUCACAGACCCCCAGCCCCCGGGAUUCAAGUUCAACCCCUGCCUGACCAAAGGCUCCACGGUGCGUAACCUGCGUGCGUACAGUGUUCUGCAGUCGUGCCUGGUGCGCUCGGCGAGCCCCCUGCUGGUGGCCCAGGUGUACCACAGCGUGUCCACAGUGUGGUCGUGGGAGAAGGCCAACUUCUUCCUGCUGGAGUGGAGCACGGGCGCCCUGGCACAGAUGGCACAGCUGGCCUGGCGCAAACCCCCGCACACCUACGAGCUGUUCUGCGAGCUGCUGGAGACCGUAGUGCUCUCACUGGACUACAUCCCCCACGAGGCACUGCGGCACCUGCAGGCUGUCUUCAAACAGAACCCUUCGGAGACGUUCAACGCUGUAGUUCUGCUCUCGCUCCACAAGAUGGCGCUACGGAGCGGGCUGCUGGCCGAGGUGCUGAGUGAUAACGGCAUGAUGGAACUGCUGCUGCUGGAGCUCAGGAAACACGCCAAGAUACUGCGCAAGCAGGGCCUGACCGGUAAUGAGCAGCAUCUGGACCUGUCUGAGCGCCUGUUGACGAUCGGCAUGCUGAAACUAGUCGCCGCCCUCGCCAUGAGGUCCAUCAGGAACACAGUGUGUAUCAGAGACAGGGGUAUGCUGCCAUAUAUAAAGGUGUUUCUGGACGAUGAUGAGUUCCGUGUUCCGGCGUUGAGCAUUCUAGAACAGCUGGCGGAGAUCAACCCUGACGACUACAUGAGCUCCACCAUAGGAGCACUCUGCUCCUCAACACACACCGAACACACACUCAAACUACACCUGCUGCAGUCUCUUCUCCGGGUGCUUGAGAACCCCAGCAGCUGGCCGGCCUUCCGUAUGGGCGGCGGCUUCGAGGGGCUGCUGUCCAUCAUCGGCGACAUGGACGGAGCCCUGGCCAACCCCCCCGCCGGCGUCUGGGCCGCCAUUGGCCGGCAGGCGGCGAGCGAGCUGCUCCUAUUGGCUCUCCACACCAUGGCCUCAGCAGUGCAUCUGGACCCCAUCAGUGGGCACGUGCUGGAGAGAGAGGGCUACUACACCCGGCUCGGCAACGCCCUGCUACACCUGGGCUGCUUCCAGGACCCUCCUCCCAUGCCCACACACAUACACAAUCACAGUCACACACACGCUGGUCACUCAUAUGCUUACGCGCACUCCUCCUCCUCGCACGCUCACACACAUGCACACUCACUCUACACACACACACACACCUCCAACUGGAGGAGUUUCCGUCAGUUUGCUGUGCUGUUGGAGGCCGACGUCCCGCCACUGCCCCCCGCCCUGCUGGAGUGCGUGCGGUUGCUAGGAUACCUGGACCAGUUCGCCACGGGUAGCCUGGAGCCGCCGGAGGUCACGAUGGAGGUGGACAUGGCAGCGGCGGCCGCAGCGGCUGGAAGUCACAUGGGCCCUGGCCUAAGGUAUCCGUAUCCGGGUCAAAGGUCAAAUCAGGAUCUGAUGCUAGAUGAUGACGCUGGCGGAGGAACCCUCGGGGCAAGAGUCAGGGGACCCGCCAUGAGUGUGUCGUCGGUUAACUCCGACACAUCCAGCACCAGCAGAUUCACUUGUGAGCAGACCAUCCUGCAUCCAGCAGCCAUCAGACUCAUGAUCAUACUGUUACCACGGAUAUAUGACCGCACCGACCCACAGUUGUCCAUGGAAGUGCAGUAUGCAGUAGCGGACCACGUGCAGGUCUUGCUGCGCUCGGAGCGUAACCGGCAGAUCAUGUGCGAGGGGGACCUCCUCUCCACGCUGCUCACACACACACACACACUCCUGCUCACGCACACACACCCAUUGCACCUGCCUGUCACACGCAUCCUGGAGAAGCUUGCAUCGCAGUCCAUCAGCCCCGCCAACCUCAGGCGUUUUCUGUGUCUGGGGAGUCCGUUCCAGAGUGAUUCCUCAAGGUCCUGUCCUGCUAUUGCUAACGGUAACCACAAUGGUGGCAAUGCUGAUGAGCCCAGCAGUGAUGAAGAUGAGGGUGUGUGUAAGAGUGUGAGGAAGAUGAGGCGGGGCUUCAGUAUGUUGGGCCACACCCCAUCCACCCCAGGCCCCGCCCUCCCCCUGCACCAGGUCAUCAGUCUGGUCUCCAUGACGGCACCUCGCAGUUUCCGCCCACACUCACUCUCGGCAACGCCCCCCUUCGUAGAAUUCGACAUGAGCGAGAGCGGCUACGGGUGUUUGUUCCUGCCCUCCUUGGCAACAGUGAAGGGUGUGAACUCAGAUGGCAUCUCCACCGGAGGAGUCGGGAGGGAUUGUCGUGGCUUCCCUCCGGUGUCUGGCUUGUCCUUCUCCUGUUGGUUCAUGAUGAGUCGUUUCAGUGGCGCGUGUGACAACCACCCGCUGCGGCUGCUGACCAUCAUCCGUCACAUGUCGCGGUCGCCGCAGCAGUACGCCUGCCUGUCGCUGUACAUCACCUCCGACGGCUGUCUCGUCAUCUCCACGGAAGAGGAGCCUUACCAAGACCUAGACGGUAUGGAGCCAGAGGAAGGUUCUCCCUCCCCCCUGCCCUCCACCUGUCGCUUCAAGUGUGCCCAGCAGCUAAGCCCCGCCCAGUGGCAUCACCUGACGCUGGUAUUGGCCAAGGACAUCAAGCGCAGCUGCAAGGUCACCGCCUACCUCAACGCCAAGGUCAUCGGCUCCUCAAAGAUGCAGUACAUCCGUCCGUUUCCGGGCACGUGUAUGUCCAUGGAGCCGUGUGCGGUGGUGGACGUGUGUGGCAUCAUGGGAACUCCGUCGCUAUGGAAACAGCACGCCGCAUUGGUCUGGAGAUUAGGCCCCUCCUUCUUGUGGGAGGAGCCUCUGGGGCCUGCUGCCGUGGAGAGCGUAUACAACCACGGAACCUGUUACCUUGGGAACUUCCUCAACACACAGGAGGGUUCUCGUCUGGUGCCGGAGGAGAGGGUGUCGUUUGGCAUCAACGUGGCGGUGAGCACUCUGACCACCGUAGCUGACAUCAGAGAGGUCUACAACGAGGUGGACAGCAGACUCAUAGCCAAGGAGAUGGGCAUUACGUCUCGUGAUAACACCACUCCUGUGCUGCUGUGUCGGAACAUUAGUCAGCACCUGCCCGGAACCAGCAGGACCAUCGGAGCUGCACUGGUGGGCAUGUUUGGCGUAAGAGUGUUCUCCCCCUCCAGUGCGUCUCGUAGCUUCCAGUUCAUCGGCGGGCCGGCGGCCAUCUUGAGUCUUGUUGCUAUGGCUACAGACGACAGCUGUCUGUACGCGGCGCUGAAGGUGUGUGUGUCCGUGCUGAACACCAACCCCUGCAUGGAGAAGGAGAUGCAGAGAAUACAGGGAUACAAGCUCUUGGCGUUCCUGUUGAAGAUGAAGGCGGGGCUAAUCAGCAGUAGAACCUUCCAGUUGGUUCUCUCUCUCUGCGGAACAGCGGAACUCGGAACCGGACCCUUACACGCACUCACACAUCAUACACACGCCUUCAGAGAUCUACUGUGUGACAAUGAGAUCUGGCAGAAGGCUCCUGAGAAUCUGGAUCUCUCAGUCAUAAAACACUUCAGUGACAUCUUAAAGACCUCCAGUGAUGAGGGGCGUGUGGCGUCGGUGCUGUAUGAACUGGGCCUGGUGUGUAAGCUCCUGUUCCAGCUCCACGAGCCCCUCUGCCCCGGACACAAGAUCACACACAUCACCGGCCUGUUAACACUACUGCUGCAGAGACAUCUCACACAACUAGACACCUCAAGGGUUGGGUUGUUUGUUAUUUCCACCCUGCCCCCUCCGUCCCUGGAUGAGAAUUCCCUCUUCCCAGCAAUGGACUUUGAUGAACAAGGUCUGUCCCAGUCUCCUUUGAGGAUGGUGUGUGUGCGGAACAGACUGCUGGAGAUGUUCAUCGACCUACUGAAGCCUGACUCCACGCUUAGCACAGAAUCUCAGCUGCAGGUGUUCGAGGUCCUGGGAUUCGAUUGGUUCCUGAUGCUCCUUCAGUCCCACCUGCACAAGAGCAGCGUUCUGCUGGGUCUUAAACUCCUCUCCUUGCUGCUCUCCCUCACACACACACACACACCGCUCCUCUCGCGCCUCCGCGACACACACACGCCAGGCACACUGCUGCAACACGCCGUCCACCCCACAGACGGUCUGGACACCCUGCGUUCCCAGGUGUGGAGUCGUGGUUCGUUGAGUGCUUCCUGUGGCGGCUUGGUGGUACUGCAGCGCCUCUUGGAGGGGCUAGUUCACCUGCCGCACAUCUACACAACGCUGGCCUCCCUGUUUCUGAACAUAAACGCACCACAUACACCGGCGGAACAGGUGGAUCUGGACAAUGUUCUCCAGAGUCUGCUGGAGUCGUCGUCCACACACACCUCCCAGACCUACAGCGUGGACAGCGCCUCCACCGACACCGUGCACUCCGACUCCUCCCACAACACCGUGCUCACACACUCCUCGCCCUCACACACGCCACGUGGCAUAAACACGCCCACGUACACGCCCCCGCCGCCCCAGCCCCUCCCCGCACCACUGUGUGUGGAAGCCGCCUGUAUGCUGGUGGACCUGGUCAGAGUCAUCAUCACACAGAGGCUGCAAACAGGAAGUGAGGUCAGCAGUGACAUAGGAAGUGACAUGCACCUGGCCAUAGGAAGUGACAUGAUGAGCGAGGAAGGAAGUGAGGGCUGGCAGGUGUGUUAUCCGGGCAGUGUAAUGCAGUUCCUGUGUCUGGUGCACAGUCUCCGCCCCCAGGACCCCCUGUGGACACGCCCACACUUCCUCUCUGCUCUUGCCAGGGCCAUGUUCCCCACAUACAUAGAGGGUGAUGAUGAGGGAACAGCCCCCCAUCCAGCCAGGAAGCAGGUGAUGGACUUCAGUCGCCUGCUGCUAUUGGACAGUCUUAUGCACAUGCCAGCCAAUCACACACACACACACCACCCUCUGGAACAGCUACUGGAGUUCUCCCCGGAUGGUGAGUGUGAGGAGCAGAGGCAGCGCUUCCAGACGGAGCUCCUGAUGUCCGUCAUGGAGCUCAUUCACAUCACAGGACAAGAGGACACACACCUGGCACGAGACGAUGGCAACAUUACAGAGUGUGUUCUGCAGGAUAAUGUGGCGUUCUUCUGUGUUCUACUGGUGGAGAAGCUGUACAUGGGGCUGUUCCACACACACCCCGACACACUCCUACCCUUCAUCGCAGAACAGAUCCUCGCCGUGGCUAAGGAGGCCCAUAGCCAGCGUGAGCGUGUGAUGAGCGCGCUCUACAAGAGUCUGAACCGCGCGCUGCUGUACUUCCUCUGCGGCCCGCGGGUCACUUCCUGUGACAAGCGGCUGGUGCUGCAGACCCUGGCUACCCUGGAGACGCAGUGGGACGUCGUCAUGGCAACCUACAACAACAACGUGCGCUUCACCUCCUGCCUGCUACACUGCCUCCUGUUGGUCAGGAGUGGCAGCUACCCAGAAGGUUUUGGGUGUGAGGGCUUCAGGAGGCCACGCCCCCUGGUUUCGGAGGAGGAGGAUGGGUUGCUAGGCACCGGGACCUCAGUGAAGAGUGAGCUGAUGAGUGCGGUGGAGAGAGUGUGGGGGCGUGUGCUUCAGGAGCGCCGCGUCUCAUUGGAGGAGGCCUUUAAGGUUGACCUAUCAGCUAAAGGGGGGCGGGACGAGCCGGUUCCCAUGGCAGACGUCACCCCGCUGUUUGAGGAGCACGCUCAGAAAGCCUGGACAGCUUUCAUAGAGGCACAGAAGAAGCGUUUAGAUGGCGUUCCAUCCAGGAAAUCUGUGCUUGAUGCCGUUCGCUCCGUCUACAGACGCCCAGGAAAACCCAGCGGGACUGUGGAGGAGUUCUUGGAUGGGAUGGAGUUGUUCAGAAAGACAGCUCAGGAGAUGUUCGAUAGCCUGCUCAGCAACCACACACAGUGUCAGCAGUGGCAGUUGGAGCGUGUGUGUGUGCAGUGGCAACAGCAAGAGGCAGAGCUACUGAGGGAGAGGGGUGUGUUCGGCCCCGCCCCUGGGGUCAUGCUGCAACAGGAUUGGUGGAUACAGGACGCCACUGAGGGACCCGCUCGAACCCGCGCUAGAGUCCGCCGCCAGGCCCUGCGCCGCUCACGCAAGGUGCAGGUGUUGACUUCAGGCCUGUGUGUGAAGAGCAACCCUGUGGAGGAGACCAGAGGUAUGACAGAACACUGGGGGGCAGAUGCAGAGAUGCGCAUCCUGUGUGAGGCGGGCUGCGAGGCUGGAGAGGAGGCGGGGUCCGGUUCUGAUCAGCUGACCUUCUUCCCGGAACUCAGCGAGCCAAUCACACACGCCGACACACACACCUGCUCCGAAACACACAUCAUCCUGCAGGAGCUCAGAGAAGGAGAGGAGGUCAAGGCCAAGAUGAGUGUGAUCAUGGUGAGUGGCUACGUGCUGAAUGAGUGUGUGCUGCUGUUCGGCCGGGCCGACCUGUACGUGUGUGAGGGAUUCAACCUAACACCCUCCGGAGACGUCUGCUGCACCACACACCACCCCUGCAGCAUCAGGGAUGCGUUCCUGAGCAAUAUGUUUAAGAGAGACAAGAGUGAUGCGCAGAGUUGUAAACGCUGGCCCUACGAUGACAUCAAGGAUGCACACUUCAUGAGAUUCCUACUGGAGGAUAAUGCCCUGGAGAUCUUCUUGAGAAACGGAUCCUCAGUCUUCCUGGUGUUCCCCAAUAAGGAGCAUGUGUCAGCUUACAAGAGGUUGAGUGCAGUCGCUCCGGCUCUUAAAGGAAGAGGGAUGGAGGCAGUUUUCAAUACGAGGAGAACAGGUGGUGUGGACAAGAAUGUUCUCUUCAGAUGGCAGAGGGGCGAGAUGAGUAAUUUUGAGUACCUGAUGCACCUCAACACUCUGGCCGGACGAACGUACAACGACCUCAUGCAAUACCCCAUCUUCCCAUGGGUACUGGCCAACUACACCUCAGAGACCCUGGAUCUGUCGUGUCCUGAGUCGUUCCGUGACCUGUCCAAGCCAAUGGGAGCCCAGACAGCUCAGCGCCGUGACAACUUCAUCCAGCGAUACAACGAGUUGGAGAGCAGCGAGAACGAUGGGGAUCUCUCGGUGCGAUGUCACUACUGUACACACUACUCCUCUGCCAUCAUCGUGGCCUCUUUCCUCGUCAGGAUGGAACCCUUCUCACACACGUUCCUCGCCCUGCAGGGCGGUUCCUUUGACGUUCCGGAGCGCAUGUUCCACUGUAUCCAGCGGGAGUGGGAGUCGGCAUCCCGAGACAACAUGAGCGAUGUCAGAGAACUCAUCCCAGAGUUCUACUACCUACCAGACUUCCUCACCAACACCAACAACCUGCACUUCGGCUGUAUGCAGGAUGGCACGUCUCUGGAUGAUGUUGUGCUGCCUCCAUGGGCCAAGGGAGAUCCACAGGAGUUCAUCAGGAUGCACAGAGAGGCUCUGGAGAGUGACUACGUGAGCUCCCAUCUGCACCUUUGGGUGGACCUGAUGUUCGGGUAUCGUCAGCAGGGGGCGCCAGCGGUGGAGGCGGUGAACGUCUUCCACCCUUACUUCUACGCCCACAGUCUGGACCAAUCACAUCUCACCAACCCUCGCCAGAGAGACAUCAUACUCGGUUACAUCAACAACUUUGGACAGGUCCCCAAGCAGCUCUUCACAAGGCCUCACCCAUGUCGCUUCCCUCAUAAGAAGGACCCGUCCCCUAACGCGUCACACGUGAUGAUGCCCUUCUACCUCCAAUUGGACAAACUCAAGCCAUCAGCCACACCCAUCAAA